AAAGAAAGCGAGAGAGGCUCAGGAUGGAAACAAAGAGCUUCUUUGCAUUGGCUGGAAGAAUCCUUAUUGCCUGUGGGAUUCUAAGCUUGAUCUCUGGAAUUAUUGCCUUCUUCCCUGUUUUCUCCUAUAAACCUCAGUUCGUCGGAUGGAGCGUUCGCAUUGCUUCUCCCAUCUGGAACGGAGCUUUGGCUGUAAUUGCAGGUACACUCAUUGCUCUAGCUGAAAAACAGUGGACCCAGAGAUACCUGUGGGAAUCUGGUUUCACCUUCAGCAUCUUCAGUAUCAUCAGCUCUCCAGUCCAAUGCGCCAUUGCUGUUGUAUCUCUCCUUCACGGACCUUAUUGCUACUACUCAUUUGCUGGGAUUUCGGGAACAAACUACCUCGGCUAUGCUAUCUGGUUUCCUUUUCCUUACGGCAAGUUUGCAUCUGCCUGCAAGGACCCUCUGCACUAUGAAUGGUACCAUGUGGCAUUGCAGAUUCUGGACUUCUGCUCCAGUCUUGCUGUGCUCUCUACCUCUGCGGCCACCGUGGUCAAACUCACAGCAAGGCUGCUGCAGUUUGGACAUUUAAAUGUGAGUAUUAACCAUUGUUGGGACCAUACUUUCUCAUAG